AUGUGCCCAGAACACCAGCGUCACCACAGCAGCAACUACAGCUACGGCCCAGCCUCCUGGGAAGCCACCAAGGCUGGUGAUGGCCUGGCGCCUGGGGGCCCUGCCAUACAUAUGGCUUCUUAUGGCCCAGAGCCAUGCACUGACAAUUCUGACUCGCUCAUUGCCAAGAUCAACCAACGUCUAGACAUGAUGUCCAAGGAAGGAGGCAGGGGUGGGAGCAGCACCGGUGGGGAGGGCAUGCAGGACCGGGAGAGUUCCUUCCGCUUCCAGUCAUUUGACUCCUACGACUCCAGGCCUUGUCUGCCUGAGCACAAUCCCUACCGUCCCAGCUAUAGCUACAACUAUGACUUUGACCUGGGACCUGACCGCAAUGGUGGCUUUGGCAGUCAGUACAGUGACUGUCGACCUGCCCGGGAGCCCCGCUCACUCGAUGGCUUCAUGCGGGGCCGGGAUCAGGGCCGCUUUCAGGACCGGAGCAACGCUGGCACCUUUAUGCGCACUGACCCCUUCAUGACAUCAGCGGCCUCCUCCCAACCACUGUCUGCUCCCUGGACAGAAAUGAACUACGUGGGUGGACGGGGCCUGGGAGGCCCCUCUCCCAGCAGGCCCCCACCUUCCCUCUUCUCCCAGUCCAUGGCCCCCCAGUCCAUGGCCCCCAACUAUGGAGUGAUGGGCAUGCAGGGGGCUGGAGGUUAUGACAACUCCGUGCCCUACAGAUGUGGCCAGUCACAGACCCGGAUGAGGGAUCGGCCCAGGUGGAGAGGGUUUGACCGCUGCGGCCCAGAUGGCAUGGGCAGGAAACGGAAGCAGUUGCAAAUCUAUGAUGAGCCGGAUGCCAAACAGGCCCGGGCUGACAGCGAAGGAGAUUUUUCCGAAAAUGAUGAUGGAGCUGGUGACUUCCGGUCAGGAGAUGAAGAAUUCAGGGGAACCACUGACCUGUUUCUUCUUGGCCAGGGUGAAGACCCUUUCACCAAUGAAGCCGUUGAUCCAGAAAUCGAAGGAGUUGACAAUUUAGGGGGUGAUGAUAAGGAAGAGACACCUGAGGAGGUGGCCGAAGAAGUGUUAGCUGAGGUGAUUACAGCAGCAGUGAAGGCAGUAGAGGGGGAAGGAGUGCCCACUCCAAAAAGUAUUGAAACACUGGCUGAAGGGGAAAGCCCCGUGGACACUGCAGAGGCUACCAGUGGUCCCCAUCCUGAACAGCCGCUGGAAGCAGACACACACUGUGGAAUGGCAUCCGGGAAGGGGAACGCUGAAGCAGAGGCCGCAAGUGAGGAGGCCCAGGCUGGAAAUAAGGCUGCAGAGGCUGAAGGCGAAGCAGAGGCAGAAGGCACUGUAACCAUCACUGUUCCGGCCCCAGCUGCCACAGAAGCUGAAGUGGAACAAACUGAUGCAGAGUCCAAAGACGUUACUCCCACAGAGUGAUCCUCCUCUCCCUGUUUCAAGGGAUGUGUUAUAUGAUGCGUUGAUCUUUCUUCUUUGAUUUGUAAGUAGUACUAGGGUGUGUGUUACUGGAAUAUGCUGAAAACAUUUUGGUGAAGAGACCCAGCUAUUUCCUUCAGAAAAACGUACCUCAUGGGCUUGUCUUAGAGCUGUGUGGCUUUCCGCCUUGGUUUGGAAGCUACAGAAGUACAUUCCCCCAAGCAGCUGUGACCUUCCUAUACUGCAGUUGGAAUAAUAAGAGUUGGGCAAUUAGAUUUUGAUACUUUGCUUGUUAAGAAUGCCCUUCCUUUAUUAUUAUUUUGUCUGGGAGCAGCUCAUUAUUACUAGGAUAUAUCUUACUUUUUUUAAGUUUAAAAAUUUGCUUUGGCUUUAGUUUUGACCUCUGUGUUUAUAGCUCACUGAAUGGGGCAUGAUUCUCACAAGAUGUAGCAGAAUCUUGUUAAUGUGAUGCUGGUCCUGUCACAUCAGUGAACUCUGACAACUGCACCACUGGAAGCACACCCAGUGGCCCCUUAAGACAGGACACUUUGCCUAGGGCAUUGUUUCCCAAUCUUUAAUCCUUGGAGAAUUACCUUCAGAAUUGAUCUCAUGUGUUCCACCUCUGCAUUACUUCAGGGUUUUUUCUUUCAAUCAAGUUACUUCCUCUUAAAUAUAUUUAAAAAGAAAACUUGAUGUCCCUCCCAUGAAUGGAAAACCAAUAUAAAUUGCCACAGAUAAGAUGCUAUCUGUAAAAAAUGAAUAAAAUAAAGUAAACAUUUCAUUUUAAAUACUCUUCCUUUGGAGGUUCCCGAGUCUGAGAAAGGAAAGGCAGCAUGUGUUAAAGUGUAGCAAGCACUGGUUACAUGUUCAUAUAACCAAAAGAAUUGGAAGAGACCUACCUUUGAAAUGAUAUUGCUGGGUCUACGUCCCUGUAAACUUUUGAACUGUCACAUUUGAGGACACAUUGGCCAGUGGGAAAUUAUUUUAAAAGGUAAUAAAAAUAUUUGAUGAGCAUCUACUGUGUACCAGGUGCUAAUUCAUGAUAAAAAUAAGAUAUGAGCACUGCUCUCAAGGAGCCUUACUAGAGAUGUGAGAUGAAUAUUUAUGAAAAAGUCUAUAUUAGAACUUAAUAAACUGUUCAGUAAGCAAGAAAA